GCAGCUGAACAGCGCCAGAGAACGCAUUGCUUUCGGAGAAAAGAGGAGACAAGACAGCAUCCGUAAUGUGUCUGCACGUUGAGUUUAUCAAGCCAUGCAGCGACAAUUCGAUACAUUCGAUUGUCUGAUUGGCUAUAACUGUGGUAGGCUAUAUCAUUUCUCUCUUCUUGAACAAUUGUUUUUCACCCGCUGAUUUAUCGAGGCGAGAGGCUGUUGUUCAUCCAAUUCUGCAGAGGAAGCAAGCGUUCAAUGAAAAAUGCGGGAAUUCUCCGCUUUGGCCGUGUUUUUAUCCUUCGUUUUACUGUCAUAGUGAGGAAUGCCCGGUGGUCUAGAUUGUCAAUGUCAUCGCUCCGAUCAAGCGCGCCUUGUGAGCCACCAGCGCCGCAUCAACAAGCAUCACGACCACCACCGGACGUGGACAUCGAGACGACGCCUCUGAGUCCGCCGCUCUCCUCCGGCUUGUGACAUGACAGCCCGGGGAAGAAAGAAGAGGAUCAAGCGGCACAGACCUGCAAGCGGACGUGUGGAUUUGAAUACACAGGGCGCGGGCAACAAUCAUUUUGAGGGGCUGGAGCCCACCGAAGCCAGGACUGCAAGAGAGGGCAGUGCCACACAGACACCGUCAAGCUACACCUGCGAUCCGAGGCAUAGCGAGGAUCCAAUACCACCAACUGCUGUUAUUUAAUCUGUUCCCCUAUCAUAAGAUUAGGCCAUCUAUCUGUUUUGUCUUUGUGCGUAAAUGUGAAUGGAACUGAUUGCCUUUUUGGAUGCAUAAAAUGCAUUGACUAAUGUGCCAUCUUAACCAUAGGGUCUGGAAGUCGAUGGGACGUGACAGAGAUUGAUGACACUUUUAUCCCAAGUCCACAGUGUUAUCAUCCGUCAGGUCCCCCUGACUAGAACCCUAACCUCAUCAUGGGCUGCAUACAGAGCAUCACCUGUAAGUCGCGCAUCAAACGCGAAAACAUAGUGGUCUACGACGUUUCCGCCACUAUCGACCACUGCCCAACAGUCAUUGAGGAGAACUCGCCUAUAGUUUUGCGCUACAAGACGCCCUAUUUCAAGGCCUCUGCGCGGAUAGUGAUGCCCCCUAUUCCCCGUAAUGAUACUUGGGUGGUGGGUUGGAUCCAGGCAUGCACACAGAUGGAAUUCUACAACACCUACAACGACAUCGGCAUGUCUAGCUGGGAGCUACCAGAGCUGUGUGAGGGUCUUGUGAGGGCCAUCAGUGACUCAGAUGGGGUGAGCUACCCCUGGUACGGCAACACCACCGAGACGGUCACCCUGUCGGGGCCCACCUCCAAGCCCUCGCGCUUUACCGUCAGCAUGAACGAUAACUUCUACCCCAGUGUGACCUGGGCCGUGCCCAUCAGCGAUAGCAACCUUCCCUUGCUCACCCGCAUCAAGAGGGACCAGAGCUUCACCACAUGGCUGGUGGCCCUCAACACGGCCACACGGGAGAAGAUCCUGCUGCAGACGGUCAAGUGGCGCAUGCGGGUAGACAUCCUGGUGGACCCCUCCAUGCCCCUGGGCUCCAGAGCCACCCUGAUGGGCCGGGCACACCAGGACCAGCCCCGCGUCCUAACCCGCAUGGAGCCCAUCCCCCCCAACGCCCUGGGGAGGCCCAAUGCCAAUGACGCCCAGGUGCUGAUGUGGAGGCCCAGAAAGGGCCCGCCUCUGGUGGUCAUCCCUCCUAAGUAGAGGAGGAAGGAGAGAGGGAGGGGAGGUGGAACUAUGGGCCCGGACAUCCAGCUAUGAUGAGAUCAAUAUGGACAGCUGCCUUAAAUCCCCACCACUGCCUUUGAGUAGAGAGAGAGAAAAGAACAUUGCCUGGUUCAGGUAUAAAUACAGGCCAGACCAACAGACGGGCCUCUGCCUUAAUAACGUCCUCUGGCCUGGAGAAGCAGAGAGGACUUGUCGGUGUGCCAGGCCCAGCAGGCAUCAGAGAAGGCUACACUCCAGGGGAGCAGCCUGUAGCCUACUGCACACCAUGCUGCCUCACCAAGCUGACAGAACAGCCAUCUUUAAUCACAGACUGCUCUGGGUCUAUGACAGUGAUGUAGAAGAGGUCUGUGUCUCAAAUGGCACCCUAUUACUCUUAGGCUCCGGUUAAAGGUAAUGCAUAAUGUGGAGAAUGCGUUGCCAUGUGAGACUAGCCCGAGGUGUGAGAGGCACAGCAGUACAUGUAUGUGGCUUUAUGGGUAUAAUACAGGUGAGAUUGAGGUGUAUAAUGUAUUUUAUAUGUAAGAACAAAGAUUGUGGUACAUUUAAAGUCAGGCUUCAUGCUCAGUACAGUUACAGAAAGGGAUGGAUGUGUUGCUGGGAGAGGGGAAAGACAGGGUCUCUAAAGCCAUCUACAGCAGGCACAAUGAGAACAGCAGUGUAGGCCAGGCCAGGUAGUAGAUGAAGAGUUUAAUUCCAAAACGCUAUAUAUUCAUUUUCAGAAAUGUUGGUAAAUUAGCUUUUAUUUAAAUAAAUUAUGAAAGA